GGCCCCAGAACCUAGCCACAACUACAUUUCAUCAUACUUUCUCAGUGUAUAUAAACUACACGGAUACAGAACAUUUCACAGUCGAGAGAAAAUUAUCAAGAUGGCAGACAACAUUUCAUACAAGGGAUAUCUGAAGAUGGAGCAGGACGGAGAGGAGGAGGUGAGAAGGUUCAUGAUCUGCAAGGACAUGACCAACAACUUUAACAACUUGAAGGAGAAGCUGGUUGUUGUUUUCCCUCAACUCAACGGCAAGAAUAUCAACAUCACCUGGACUGAUGCUGAUGGAGAUAAUGUUACUAUUGCUAGUGAUGAAGAGCUUAUGAUUGCUAUGUCUGAGAUGACAGGACCAGUUUACAAGAUCAGUAUUCAAGUUAAAGGGGAGAAGAAAGUCGAAGAGGAGAAGAAUUCUACUGGUGAAAUCCACCCUGGAGUUAGCUGUGAUGGUUGUGAUGGACCUGUGGUUGGAGCUAGAUACAAGUGCAUGGUGUGUCCUGACUAUGAUCUUUGUGAAAAAUGUGAGGGCAAAGGUCAGCACAAGGAACAUAACAUGAUGCGCCUCUCUUCUCCUCAGGGACAAUGGCCCCGUCACUUCUUCAAGCGCCUCCAUAAGCUUCAAGAAAGGAUGGAUCAGAAGAUGAAGGAUAAGCACGAAGGUAGGAAUGAGGAAGAUGAGAAUGAAGUCAAGUUUUCUGGACCUUGGGGCAGAGGAUGCAUGAGGGGACGUGGAGGAAUGGGAGGAAUGAGAGGAAUGAGGGGCAUGAGAGGUUCCCCAAAUAUGAUGACACCUCCUAAUCUUUUCAAUAGCUUCAUACAAGGAUGGAUGGGGCAAGAACAGUGUGGAACUCCUACACAUGCUGCAGCUCACUCUGCUCAUGAAGCUGCUCACAAGGCAGCUGCUGAAGCUGCGCAUAAAGCAGCUACUGAAGCUGCUAAUGCUGCUACUGCAGCUGGAGGUGCUGCUGCUGUAGAUAGCAAUGCAGCUCAUACAGCUUACUUAUUAAACAUGGGGAAUUUGAUUGCUGCUGCCCUGGAUCCCUUUGAUAUAAGUGUUGAUGUUUCUGUUGAGACACCUGAGGGAGUACGUACCACUAGCUCCACAACUUCUUCAAGCUCCACUGCUUCAACUACUCCAGCAGAACAAAAAACUGAAUCCAAAGAAUCUACUCCUGAAGUUGAUGCUAAAGUAAUUCCUAUCCAGAAGGAAGCAGAAGCUGAAAAACCCAAAUCCGGGUCUGCUACUCCUGAUCAAGAUGUAGAUGAGGCUUGGGCAGUAGUUGAUGCUGUACCAGAGAACAACGAGAAAAUCUACCCUAAACUACCAGAGGCAGAACCUACCCCUGCUAAAGAAGAUGCAGCUCCUGAGACUGCUGUACCUGCUCCUUCAGCUCCUGAGGCUGCUCAGCAUGCUGAUCCCAAGAUCAAGGUUGCUCUGCAGGCAAUGAUGAACAUGGGGUUCAGCAACGAGGGAGGAUGGUUAGCUAGCCUCCUGGAGGCCAAGAACGGAGAUAUUGGAAAAGUCCUUGAUCUUCUUCAACCUGUUAAGAAGGUAGAGUUGCAAAGCUGCUGUCAGACGGGAAUUUAGAGUGUAGUUUAUAAACUGGAUCCAGCUUAGAAAUUCUUAUUUAAUCUGCAUUUAAAACCAAAAAAAAACUCAAAAAAAAAAUCAUAUUUAACCAUAUAUCACUUUAAAUAAAUGUUGUGCUAGCAA